AUGGCAUCCGCCGCUCCCCCCACCACUGAAGCCGGGCGCCGCAUCCUGGUGGCCGUGGACGAGGGCGAGGAGAGCGUGCACGCACUCACCUGGUGCCUCGCCAACGUCGUCUCCCCAGCGGGCGGCGACACGCUCGUCCUCGUGCACGCGCGCCGCCCGCGCCCCGUCUACGCUGCCAUGGACAGCGCAGGGUACAUCAUGACCUCGGACGUGCUGGCGAGCGUUGAGAGGCACGCCGCCGACGUCUCGGCGGCGGCCGUCGACAAGGCCAAGCGCCUCUGCGCCGAGCACCCGCACUUGGCGGUUGAGACGCUGGUGGAGGGCGGGGACCCGCGGGACGUCAUCUGCGACGCCGCCGAUAAGGUGGGCGCCGACCUGCUUGUCAUGGGCAGCCAUGGAUACGGCUUCAUCUAG